UCUGUACAAGGCUGUAUGUGUCAGCAUGUGUGGGUGGAACUUGGAGGUCGUCAUGACAACAAGGACAGCAAGUACCGCGGGGAGCUGGAGGUGCGGCUUACGUGCAUCGUGAGAAACCAUACGGAGGCGUCUCCCGAGCAAGGCAAGCUGAAGAAGGCCGCAGCAGUCGGCUCCUCGAUUUUCAACGUCGCCAACAGUGUCGGGAACAAGCUGAACACUUUGGCAAGGCGGGCGGCGCCCUCUGUACAAGUGAGUCAUGAUAACGUGCAUGAUGCACGGGAAGUGCAGGAUGAUGUCAUCACACAGGUUGAAGAUGGACAUGCAUCUUCCCUGUUCAGGAAGAAGUCGUGGAUCAAGAAAAAGUCAGCCAAGCAAGCGGUGCCCCCUGUGGUAUCUGACAUCAGUCUGGAUACCAAAAAUGUCAGCUCAGGAAAAAACAUGCUGUCAAAAUGGCAGCCGGACAUCAUUAGGCGGAGAGUGAGCGAGCACAGGAUGUCGCUGCUCGACCUGACGCGCUUGAAGUCGGCAAAAUCCAAGUCGCUAGAGAGGCACAACUCUGACCUAUCGGACCGUGGUCGCAGGGCCACCAUAGUCGGCUUUCCGGGAGAACCUUGUUACGCCAGAGGAGUCGGUCGCUGUGGGUCUGUAGGAGACGUGACAUUUAUGAACAGGAACGUUAGCAAAGAUGGCCGUCGACAAGAUCCCCAGUCUUGCCAAGUGAAACCAAGAAGAGAACGCUUACGCACUCUGGUGGAAGCUGGUGCCAGGCGACAUUCACUAUGUUCGGCAUCUAGUAGCGAUUCUGAAGAAGUUCUGAGGUUGGUUGAUGCACCAGAUGUCACGCAUACCAACGCGUUUGCACACUUUCAGCAAGAGCAAGCGGUGCCACUAAUACCAGAUGAGAUUAUAUCGACUUACGCCAAUAUGGGGAGAGAGGAGCUGUUAAAGAUCGUGUGCCACCAGUGGUCCACCAUUGAAAAGAAAGCUAAGCUGGUACAUGCCCUUGAAGACUACAUUGACGACCUUCUUGUCAAGGUCAUUGAGACCACACCGAGAAUUCUGCAAAUGGCAGACGAAAAGACGAAAGCCACGAAAGCGCAUGCGGAGCGGCACCACUCAAUAGUCUGAAUGCAGAGGUAUAUGGAAGGGAACCUGGAGUCGUGGAUCAAUGCAGGAUCCACAUCAUUAACAAAUCGCCCCUUGUUUGCGAUUCUUUCGGAAUCAAUUCUAAAUGCUUGUUUUUUUCUCAAUGCUGGCACUAACUUUGCCAUCAUGCACACGGUGUAAUCUUAUGUCAUUGUGUAGCAAAAACGUAAAACAUUUGCAAUGGUUAUGGAAGUGACGAUGUGAACUGCAAUAGUCGCCUCCACCCUAGCUCAUUGAUCUCAAUUAUAAUCAUGUGGCGGGAUUUGCAUUUUUCUUCCAUAAUAGUACAACCACUCUGCAUAUUAAUAUUACUGCACCUUGGUACCCCUAUUCACGCCUCUCACAAUCACAAUUUUUUCCCCAAAAUAUUUCGCAGGUUUCUGGCUGAAGUGUGCACCAAUGUCUAAUGUUUACCCCUUGUAACAGCAGCUGUAAUUUUCUCAACCUAAUGCUCCCAUCUUGGGAAGGCACUUAACACUUUUUGACUGGUAGCUUGUCUAUUUAUUAUUUUUGUAUCUUGAAAUAAAUAUUGUAUACUAAUAUUGAAUUGUCUCAGGGCUUUGAGUCUGUUAAUAUGUUAAAUCUUUACUCACACCUCAACAGCUGUGAGUGUGUGUAGUUUUGAUUACCCCAGUUUUCUAUGAACAUAUAUAUCAACAUAACUCGUUCUUUACUUCUAUACAUAAAUUUAUUUCUUACAAUUAGAUAUAUUGCGAAUACACUAGAUAUUAGGUACGGGUCAGAUCGUAAACGUGUGUUUUACAAACAAUAUUGUAUUUACAAUUUAAAUAUUCUGCGCAAAACACUAUAACGUAGAAUAUUUGUCAUGCUGAUGGUUAACAAAUUUAACUUUUGUUAGAUUUAGUGCAGGAACAAUCAGUUAUAAUAUUGCCAGUUCCAUCAAAUAUAAGCAUAUCUACUCCUAUAGUAUACACGUGCAUGGUUCACUGAUAGUACGAAAUU